AUCGCGAUGGCUUGACUAGCAUUUCCUGUCCACUGUGCCACACAUCUGGUUUCUUUCAUGUCACGGCCGUUCAGAAUACGAACAAGUCGUGGCAUUAAUACUGCUGCGUUGCCGGCGAAAGCAUGCGGACACAUUCCUUUGUUCAGUUUGAAUCAUUGGAUCCACGAUGAGCGCACUUGGCGACAACUGGCGGAGACGCACGAGGAGCUCGCGAGCCAGCAACAAGCUAACAGGAGAAGGAGCUGACGAGUCCGCCGUGCUACGAUGCCUGAGCGAGGCCAACGCAGGAGAGGAUCAUGAGAUGGCGGAUGAUAUCGGCUUCUUGAAGCAAGACGACUUGGAUAGGAAGGUCAUGGCCCCGCGCUACAGCCUGCUCCGUGAAAUCGGCAGGGGCACAUAUGGUGUCGUGUACGAAGCGGUGGCCCGGAGGUCUGGUGCUAGGGUCGCCGUCAAGAAGCUCCGGUGCGACGCACCGGAAAACGUCGAACUCGCCCUCCAGGAGUUCUGGGCGCUAACAAGUUUGGAGAAACGCCACCAAAAUGUUGUCCAAUUAGAAGAGUGUGUUCUGCAAAGAAACGGAAUGGCCCAAAAGAUGAGCCACGGCAACAAACGGUCCAAACAGUAUCUGCGGCUUGUGGAAACGUCUCUCAAAGGUGAGCGAGUGCUGACGCCUCCAGAGGAGCCAUGUUACUUGUGGUUCGUCAUGGAGUUCUGCGAAGGAGGCGACCUCAACCAGUUCAUUCUGUCUCGACGCCCCGACUCGCAAACCAACAACAGCUUCAUGUUACAGCUGACCAGCGCUGUGGCAUUCUUACACGAGAACAAGAUCGUACACAGAGACCUGAAACCGGACAACAUCCUCAUCUCGGAGCGGUCGGGGACCCCCGUCCUCAAGGUUGCCGAUUUUGGCCUGAGCAAGGUUUGCGCCGGUUUGGCCAAUAGCAAGGAGAGCAAAGAAGUUGAGGACAAAAGCAAGAGCGUCGUCAACGUCAACAAGUUUUGGUUGUCGUCGGCGUGCGGCUCGGACUUCUACAUGGCCCCCGAAGUGUGGGAGGGCCACUACACGGCCAAGGCUGACAUCUUUGCUCUGGGCAUCAUCAUUUGGGCCAUGUUGGAAAGAAUUACUUUUAUCGACGCCGAGUCCAAGCGAGAGCUCCUGGGAACGUACGUGAGACGAGGAGCUGACAUUGUGCCCGUGGGCGAGGCGUUGUUAGGAAAUCCAAAGAUGGUGCUCAAUAUCCCCCAGAAGCACAGGUCGUGCAUGUCUGACGGCGUGCGGAAGCUACUGUUGGACAUGCUGGCCGUUAACCCUCAGGACCGGCCCGACGCUUUCCAGCUCCAGACCAGAAUGGACCAGCUUGCGUGUCCUACGUGAUGAAUCAUUUUGCAGACAUGACCUGGCUGGAGCUGCUACUUCACUGAAAUGUCCCUGUUGUAUGUGACCAAUGUGAAGUUGAAGGAGGAAAGCCACUUGUGAUCUUAACAUCAAUAACUAAUCCCCGAAUGACCUUUUUUUGAUUGUCCUAAUAAAAGAAGGAACCUUAAAUCUCCGGGGAACAAACACCUCCGCUGUCAUGGUACAAAAGAAAAUGGCCAAUUAUUUUUGUGCAAUUCGCUGAUUCGAAUGUUCAUGUAACGCUGCCCCCCACUCCCCAUAUUUAAUUUGACUGCUGUCUGUCACAACUUCAAUUUCUACGACGGCCUCAUGCCAGCUUAAUAAAUCCAUCAUUUUAUUCAGGGCUUUGUUUGUGUACAAGAUGUGUGUCAAGUUAGACACUUGAAGCACAGACCGGUUGAAGCACAGCUGAUAGCAGCUUUCCACUCACCACACCUCGUAGUGCCUUCGCUCAAGUCAAUGUUUGGCCUUUCUUGAGUGUUGUUUUUCAAGGAACACGAAUGCUCUUGAUUUUUGUGUAGAUGAAGAUGUGCUGUGCUGCGCUGCGCUGCGAAGCUGGCACCACGCACACUUGGUCAUAAUAUUUCCCACAAGCGCCCAUCAUGUUCCAAGAGCAGUUAUGUCGAUGUGUUUGAUUCUUCUAAAUGCUUUGCCUUCAGCAAAAGUCGAGUGAGCCUUUCUUUUCCACCCUUACCAAAGAGUCCAAAUGCACUACCUCGUCUUUUUUGCUGAGCCUUUCGUUUGUUUCCAGCAAAGACAUUCCACGACCAAUUCACAAAGACAGUUUUGCAAAACAAAUGUCGUUUUCAGCCAUUGCAGGAAUUUGUACACUCGAGGCCUCGAACUGUAAACGAGAUUUGGAAUCAUUUUGCCCUUUCCCGAUGUGUCCAAACAAACCUUUUGGUUCUGAUUUAUCUGUACCCUCUCAUGUGUCUUAUUUCAUUUGCCUUAUUUCACUUUGAAUCUCCCACUUGGAAAAAAAGGAUUUUCUUGAAGUGAGAUGAUGAGAUCACUUUUCUGCCUUUAUCAUUAUUAUUAUUUAAAAGGGGCUUGGGGCAUUGUAAUGGCCUAUGCAAUGUUGGUGAUCCAUUCUCAGCAACAUGAGAAAUGUUUGGGGGCUAGAAUGUAUGGCCUAUGCAAUGUUGGUGAUCCAUUCUCAGCAACAUGAGAAAUGUUUGGGGGCUAGAAUGUACUAUAUAAUGGUCACAUGGCAAAAAGUGAACAUCCUCGUGCUGAUGAUUGCAUGAAGCCGUUCUUCAAACUUCUGUUUUCUGUGCCUCACACUUGGAGUGCAGAGAAUGCCACUGCUUCCUCUCAAUCACACUUAGAAAUAAAGUACCACUACUCAUAA